AUGGCUCUUCUAGACGGCAAUCUCUUUGAAACGAAGCGUCGGGCCUUGGGAGCACACCUUGUGGGCUUGGACUCGCAUGGCAACAAGUACUACGAGCGCAUGGAUGCACAAAAUGGUCGGCAUCGAUGGGUGGAGUACAAGGAGUCAUGGGGUUACAACGCAUCCACUGUGCCCCCUGAGUGGCAUGGCUGGCUGCACCACAUCACAGAUGACCUACCUGAGAAGAUACUUGUUUUCAAGCCCCGCUAUGGUUUGGAGCACCAGGCCAACUUUACAGGGAAGGGAGAUGCUUUCAUUUACCAUGCCAAGGGCCACGCUUUGAACCCUAACCAGCGCGAUUGGUCACGUGUCCAGACCUGGCUUCCCGGCUCUCCUGACACGCCCACCAUUCCUCCUGCACCAUCAGCCCCUUCAUCCGCUAAGGCAUCAGAUGCACCUUCCAAGUCAGGUUAG